AUGAAUGGCUACGGCUCGCCCUACCUGUACAUGGGGGGCCCAGUGACCCAGGCCCGAGCGCCGCUCCAGAGGACCCCCAAGUGCGCGCGGUGCCGGAACCACGGCGUCCUGUCCUGGCUAAAGGGCCACAAGCGAUACUGCCGCUUCAAGGACUGCACCUGUGAGAAAUGCAUCCUGAUCAUCGAGAGGCAGCGGGUCAUGGCGGCGCAGGUGGCGCUCCGCAGACAGCAGGCCAACGAGAGUCUGGAGAGCCUGAUCCCGGAGUCUCUGAGAGCUCUGCCCGGAAUCACGGUGCCUGGACCCGGCGAGGGGAACCAGGGCCUGCAGCCCCGUUCUGGAGGAAUGGACCUCCUAUGGACCUCGAAACAGACUGCCAACAUGCAGGACCUGAGUGAGGAUACGUCGGGGGACCACUCCGGUGGGGAGAAUGGUGGUGGUAGCGGCAGUGAGAAGGACCAGGACCCUAGCAGCUCCCCCGAGGGCUCCAAGCCUUCCUGCUUCACUCCCGAGCCCCCGGACACCCCAAACCAGGCCGAGGAAUGUCGCUACAGCUUCCCCCAUCCCCUUCCCAGCCUCCCUCUCCCCCUAGCCUUCCCCAAGACCUGCAGCACCUCUCCAGAGCCCAAGGCAGACAGCCCCACUAAGGGUUACCCCGGUGUUGGGGCAGGGGGGCUGCCAGUGGACCACAGCCUGGUGAUUGAGGGCCUGUCUGGGUCAGUCUCCCUUCCCUUCAACCUGCGAGCCAACCGGCCACCCCUGGAGGUGCUGAAGAAGAUCUUCCCGUCCCACAAGCCCCCGGUGCUGGAGCUGAUCCUGCAGGGGUGUGGAGGGGACCUGGUGGGGGCCAUCGAGGUGCUGCUGUCCAGCCAGGCCCAGGAGGCCAGGGGGGGUCACCCCCACCCCGACACCCUGGUCCUUCCCUCUAAUAGCCACCUCCUCGAUCACCCCCUGGGGUCCUACCACUCUCUGGCCUCCGCCGCUAAGUGGUCUGUGGGCUCUGCUUUCAGGGUGCCUGAGUCUCUGCGCUUCUCGUCUGACUCGUCGUCCGGCCCCCUGGCCCUACACCCCGGGUCUUUCCCCCAUCCCCCCCGCUACCCCUUGAUGCUGAGGAACUCUCUGACACGCGGCGGCCAGGUCGGACCCUUCUGCAACGACGUGACGCUGUGGAACACCAUGACACUGCAGCAGCAGUAUCAACUCAGGUCAGCUCAGUACGUCUCUCCUUUCUCCUCCACUGGCGUCUUCCAACGCUCUCCGCUCCUCUCCUCUUCCUCCUCCUCCUCUCCGCUCCUCUCCUCCUCCCGCCCCCAGGAAGAGCACCGUCUCUCCCAGCUGGAGGAGGGCUGCCACCCUACCCCCAUCCCCCCCACCCCCGGGGCCAAACAGACCCUCUACACUCAUGAGGAGGAGUACGAGGACCGCUCCGACUCCUCCGACUCACGAAUUCUCAACUCCUCCACCUGA